AUCGAGCAGAAAACCAAGCUCGGAAGCUAAGCUCUGGGUGUUGCUAGUCCCUCGUCCUCGUCCCCUGCGUCCAAAUUUAGGUUUUCACGCCCAGUUUUUACAAGGUCCUGAGGCCCCACCUCACCCCCACAUUCCAACUUCGGCAGAACCUGAGGCCAGGAAAGGAACCUAUUUCCGGCCUCACCUCCCACUCUCCUGUCCUUCCCCGGUCCCCCUCUGCCCCCCUGACCAUGGCCCAGAAGCCGAAGGUAGACCCCCACGUCGGGCGCCUGGGAUACCUGCAGGCACUGGUCACGGAAUUCCAAGAGACGGAGAGCCAAGACGCCAAGGAGCAAGUACUGGCCAAUCUCGCCAACUUCGCCUAUGACCCCAAUAACUACCAGUAUCUGCGGCAGCUGCAGGUCCUUGAUUUAUUCCUCGAUUCGCUGUCGGAGGAGAAUGAAAACCUGGUGGAGUUUGCUAUUGCCCCUCCCUCUGCUCCACAGCUUCUGCCAUCUGAAUGGUGACAGUGGCCCCUGCGGAGCAUGUGGCUAAACCUCCACCUGGGAGCAGUAGAGCUCCUCCGGCUCAAGCUUUUGACUGGAGAAAACUUGCAUGAAAGGAGCAGUCAAUCAAAAAAAGGUUUCGCAGGAUCAGGAAGUAAGUUUCCCAAGGCAGGAGCUCUCUGAGCCCCUGGUGUGCUGGGCCUGGCCUGGAUUCUUGCUCUCCUGGGCAGCUUCCCAGCGUGGGUGAUCAAGCCCUGGACCUGGAAUCCCCAGUCCCAGCUGUUCCACUUCCUAGCUGAUUCUUGUGGCUGAGUUCCAUCUGUCCCUUCUUUGAGACUCAUUCCCUCACCUGUGUUUGCCCUACUCUGCAGGACUGUCGGGGGAACAGACGCACGGGUGCGUGUGUCUGUCUCCGUGAAGGUACUUUGUCUCGCUGGUUACUCUGUUAGUAUCAUUAUCACCAAGCUUUUCCCUGCCACUUUUCCUGCUUAUUUUCUCUUCCUCUCCUUCCCACCAGCGCAAGAUCCCUAAUCCCCAGAAUAGUAGCUUUCCCAGCCUUGAAUCCCUCCAUGGGGUUGUCGGCAGAGUAGAUUUCUCUUGCAUUUAUUGUGCGUGACAGAGAGUCCCCGUCGUGCUUAGGUGCACGUUUUGCUAUGGCUGUCAUUUCCUUUUCUCUUAAUGUCGCUGGCCCUAAAUGGCCAGCUGUCGGGUGCUUACUCCACCAACAGGCUCUGUGCUGUGCUUUGUAGCUUUGACUCUUUCGUGUCCUGUGGCAGGCCUGAGAUUGUGAUCUCCACGAGGACAGAGCCCAGCUUUGCCUAUCUCUGGGGAAGGGGAGGGAAGGGCCCAGAAGGUGCAGAGCACUAACCGUGACUUGUUGCUGCAGCCCUGAGUGGGGUUGGUUCUGGAAUAACUGGCAGAGAGAAGAGGUGGGUUAGAUUGCCUGUGGCCCACAGAACCAAAACCAGUGUCCGUUGGUUGGCAAGGAGCGUAGUGAGUUUGGUAAGAGCUGGGCUUUGGGGUCAGGCAGGCCUGGGUUCAAGUCCUGGCUCUCCCGCUUAACUCCUGGCCUGUGAUUUGCCUUCUCUCAUCAUGUCAGGCGGGGCAGCACCAGUACCUGCCUCACAGAGUUGUUGAGAGAAUCAAAUGAGAUCAAGGGUCUGUAGCUGCAGGAUCCCCUCGGCGUCCACCCCAAGGGCCUGGUGUCCAGGGCCCCCUCUGAGGAUAAACAGUUCCCUCAUCUCCCAAAGAGGAGGUGGGAUGGCAUGCUGUCCUUCACGAGGGGAACCACUUGUCUGCCUCAGGGGUUCUUUCCUUCUGGAAAAACACUGAAUAAUAGAAAAAAUAAUGCAAGUUGAUCGUUGGCCUCCCAGCGAGUGUCUGGGCAGCAUUAGGCAAAGGGAGCCUGGCCCUAAUGCAUGUGUUGGCGCUGCACCCAGGCCCCCCUAGCUACAGAGCUGGUGCUCUCGCACUUCGGAGGACGUGGAGUGAUAGCUGGCACUCAGGGAGCACCCUCUGUGUGCCAGGCACUGCCUUCUGUGCUUUGUCGCCUCUGACCCUGAGACAUUGAAAGUGGCGCUCAUAACUUCCAUUUUCCAUAAGGAGUCUGAGGCUUAGGAAGGAUCAGUGGGUUGACCCGAGGUUUAAAGAGUGCCAGCCUGGGACAGAAACCAAGGCUGUCAGAUUCUAGAAGAGGGCAGAGGAGUUCCCAGUUCCUAGGUCUAUGGAAGGUUGAAAAGCACUUCCUCCAAACCCUUCAUGUUACUGAUGAGGAACCAGGCAUGGAGAGAGCACUGCCCCUCGGCUGGUUCAUGGCAGGGCAGGGUCCGAACGCAGGCUUCCUUCCGCCUGCCCUUGCAGCCCACCACAGUGGCAGGCAUGCUUCUGGGGUGGUGCUGAUGUGCUCAGCGCUGAGAUGAGACCUCCUGUCAAGUGGCUCUGCCCGCCCUGGCGGCUGAGGGCCUGACCGCCAGCCCUUUGGUUCAGCUGCAGUUGUUUUUGUGGGCUGUGGUGGCAGGUCUGAAAGCUGCACUGUGGCGAGUUGGGGUCCCCGACCAUUGACUUGCCGGGGGGCCAUCUUCCUGUGACCUGUGAAAUACCCUGGGGAGGAUGACUACAACCUUAAAGAAGAAUCUGGUUCCGGUGGUUGCCUGUAGCCCGCAGGGAUUUUUGAGUCUCUGUACCUUCCCCUUUCUUGGCCUUUUCUUUUGUGGAUUUGCCCGUUUAGAACAACUGUAGAACUGUUUUACCUUUUGGUUGUAGUCCUGGCUGCCUUU